AUGAAGCAAAUCUCCCACGCGCCGUCCACCGAACUUGCCUUGGUCACCAUCUCCGUCGCGCCGUUCAGGUCACCGAGCUUCCCGCGUUCGCCAUCUCCCUCGCGCUGCCCAUGGAAGCUACCCUUCUUCAUCGCGACCAUCUGGAUUCCCAUCUUCCAUUUCAUAAGCUUUAGAUUAGAUCUUCCUCGUGGGCCAAAAAGUCAUUGGGUUGCUGAUUUUGGUCAUUAUCAAAAGGGCAAGGCAGGGCAGAGGAAUAGAGAAGAUAAUUUGACAGAUCCAUGGAUGAUGAGUGACUAUAAGGUGGAGACAAUAAAUGGAAAGUUUUUCAUCUUUCCUUGUCUUUUGGUCUUUAUGAAGGCGGGGUUUGGAAAAUCCGAGUUGAGCUUCAUGAACAAGAUUUUCCACCCAAAUGUUGAUGAGCUAUCUGGUUCUGUCUACUUAGAUGUAAUUAACCAAUCAUGGAGUCCAAUGUUCGGUAAUUACGAGUGUGUACUUGGUACACUUGAGAUUAAAUGCAAGUGGAAGCAUGGAAACGAAUUCUUGAUGCGGUUCAUGCUAAAGGUCAUUGAUGUAAUUGCAGCCAACACGAAUGACAUGGGGCCUUUGAGCCUUGAUUUCUUCAGAAAAAACAAUUUGUCAGCUUCAUGGAAAGUCAUUGGGGAAAAGACUUCAAUUACGGAUAAGAUAUAUUUUACAGCUGUAGAUUCUAGACAAGAGACACCUAAGGUUAAAGUGCAUGUAUCUUCAGGUGGUGAUCAUGCUCAACUUGUUGAUCCUGCAAAACUAGCCCGACGGAUUCCUAGGCCAUGGAAGUGGAUCUAA